GCACGGCGUCAUCCGCACGGACUUCCACAUCCUUCACGACCCGACCCUCUCCUUCAAGGACGCGCUACUGCAGGUGAAGCGACGUAGCGAUGGUGUGUCGCUGAACGGAGGCAGCGGUGUGUUGGACCUGCACGUUAGCAAGCAGCAGCAGCAGCAGCAGCAGCAGCAGAGGCUGGAGCAGCUGGAAGCGGCGGCGAUGUACGACGUGCGCCGCGCCGCCGACGCCCACGUCGACACCGACGACCUGAUGAGACGGCACCAGCUGCUAGUGCAGGAGAUAGAGCAGCUCUCGCGCAGGAGGAAGCGCCGACACCACCAGCACCUAGCUGUCGAGGACAGCCAGAAGGUGGCGCCACGCGACAGCGCGAGGAUGCAGCAUGGCGACGCCGCCGCAGCCGCCAUGCUCGCGCAAAUGUCCAGCGGCACGUCCAGCAGCAAAGGUAGUGACAAGGUCAUGGUCAUCGGCGG